UCGACGACGACGACGGCGGAGGCGCUCGGGCGGGGGGGGAGGAGGAAGGGGGUCUCCGGGCCGGGACGGCCGGGCCCCAUGGGCGGGUGUGUGGGCUCCCACCACGACUCCUCGGGCAGCCUCAACGAGAACUCGGACGGCACCGGAGUUGCACUAGGUCGUAAUCAGCCCUUGAAGAAAGAGAAACCAAAAUGGAAAAGUGAUUAUCCAAUGACAGACGGACAGCUACGCAGCAAGAGAGACGAAUUUUGGGACACAGCACCAGCUUUUGAAGGCCGCAAAGAAAUCUGGGAUGCUUUGAAGGCUGCCGCACAUGCAUUCGAGAACAAUGAUCAUGAACUGGCACAAGCGAUCAUUGAUGGUGCAAACAUAAUGUUACCCCAUGGUGCUCUUACAGAGUGCUAUGAUGAACUGGGAAACAGAUACCAGCUUCCUGUCUACUGCCUGGCCCCACCUAUCAACAUGAUUGAAGAGAAGGGAGAUCUAGAGACUCUGGAUAUUCCUGAUCCACCACCCAACUCUGGCCACGAAUGCCAGCUUCGCUUGCGCCUUUCCACAGGCAAAGACCUCAAACUUGUAGUUCGCAGCAUGGACACUGUGUAUCACAUGAAAAGAAGACUGCAUACAGUGGAGGGUGUCGAGCCCAGCAGUCAGCGGUGGUUUUUUUCAGGCAGACCAUUGGCAGACAAGAUGAAACUGGAGGAACUCAAAAUACCAAGGGAUUAUGUGGUGCAAGUCAUUGUGAGCCAGCCCUUAAACCCCACGCCAGGAGAAAACUGACGUUGUCUGUUUGUCUCUCAUUUCUUUCUCUUGCUCUUUUUAUCAUGUGGGAACCUUAAUCACUCCCCCGCCCCCAUCCUACCCUGUUAAUGGAUUGGUUGUAAGCAGUGACCAGCCAAAAUUCCAUCUGUGAUGGAGCUUUAGGGGUUGGGGACACACACACAGAAUAUCUAUAAACUGCCCCAAAGAGUUUGCCCAAUUUUAAUAUUUAACUCCUAACAAAGUUAAUGGGAAAAUGUGUGUGUAUGAGGGAGUUUGUAGUUUAAACAUGGUAGGAUUGCAAACAAUGCUUUGAACUGUUAAGUGAAGUAUUGAUCCAUGAAGAUAGAAAGCACUUUUUAAAGGAUUAAACCAAACUGAAAAUGUUUUGUGAAACAAGCAAAGCUUACAGUUCAGCCAAUUGGUGUAGCUGUUCUGGCAAAUCUAAUGUGCUACGGUAUUUGUAAGGGUUGUUUCUCUUCUGGUUUCACUUAUUUGCUCAAUGAGGCUACUACUUAAAGAGGGUGAUAAAGGGUCCUGGGCCUGAGAUGAACUUUUUGAAAUGUAUUCUGCUAAUGGCAUGUUUGAUCCUUAAUUCAGAUGUUUAUACCAGGUUUCGUACAUUCCAAGUUAGCAACCAACAGUCAUUUGCUUUAUUGUGUGGUAAAUACUGCCUUCUGAAAAAUCAGGCAAUAAUUUAGUACAUGCAUACAUUUUACAGAAUUGCUCAUGCAAUGAAAUACUAGUUUCUACAAGGAAGCUUCUCCUGCUAUUUACUGGCACCAGAAAAUGAGCUUACCAAAUUACUGUACUUGGCUGUGUCAAGUUGAAAAGCUAUUUAUUGGGGGAGCACCAGCAAAAAAUGACACAGAACUUCUGUUAUUUAGUAUGCUAAUCACUAAUGUUUUCACUCAAAAUCGUGAUUUUAAAUUUCCUUGACUCAUAGCAAUAGCUGUGAAAACAUAAAAGCACAGGAUCUUCUCAAAGUCACAAGAUAAGGGCAGGCAACUUUUUGAUCAGCAUCUUUUUGAUAUUGUUCUUCCCACUAAGUUUUGUAUUUUCUACCCAUAAUUGGAAGUGAAAUGUGUAAUCUUGUUCAAUAGCUCUAUAUACAUCCUUUUCCCUUUCUGGAGAAAUGGAAAGGAGGAUGAAGACUUGUGGGCAAGUAAAGAUACGGUAAGUAAAGAUCCUACAUCAGUCUGAUUACUCAAACUUUAUAUUUCACCACUAGAUCUUGGAAUAUGUUUUGUGACAUGUGCAUUGUGUUGCAUAAACUCGUCCCUUCUCCCCCACCCCCCCGGAUCCCCAAGUAUUUUCGAAACUUGUUAGAGGUGGAAAGAUUGCAGAAAUAAGUGGAUCUUAUGGGUUCAUGAAAAAUGGUUCACAUCCAAGGGACCUUUCCGUAAAAGAGUACAUUUCAGAGAGUAACUUAACCCUGCCAAUGUUUCAGAUAUGCUUUUUCGUACUUGUGUUUCUGACACAGACCACCCUUACAUCAGAAUGGAUAGGUCUUUUUUCCAGCUAGCAGAUUUCAAAAUGUCUUGCCUUUCAUUUCUCGUUAGUCUCAGGCAGUGAGUAUAGCAAUAUCAUUCAGUAUUCUCCCUUUAGAAUAGCGAAAGCACUUUGGAGAAAUUGGUAAUUAUCUUUAAUAGAACAAUAUCCAGUUAAAUUUAAGCAAUCUUAAAGCUAACUGCCCCUUUAAAAACAAAUUGGUUUAGCUCUUUUGUAGUUUCUCAGAACUUCAGUUGUGUCAUUUGUUCUGCUGUGUUUUGAUGUGAACAUACCCAUGUUAGCACUACUUUCACUAACUAGUUUUUCCUGCUAAGCAUCAAAUCUACUUGUCUGCUUGUAUGUGGUGCUCUUUUUCAUUUUUAUCUUUUGUUGACUUGAAAAGCAUGGACUUUGGUCCACUGACAGUGCAAUCUAGGGUGGACAUUUUCUCUUUGCAUUGAAAAUAUGUACACUACUUAAGUAUCCUACAUAUUAACUACGCCUUACUUGGGUUAUUUUGCUGUGACAGGUAGGAACUAUUAAACCAAUGAAACUGGAACUUUUAAGAUCAUAGGAUCAGUGUAGAAAAGACUGCAAGUUUUUAAAGGUGGUGUCAUGGUAGUCUUUACCCUCGGAUUUUUUGGAGAUCUGAGUUCAUUUUUGGAACUACAUGUCAUGCAGACAUGAAUGUAUCAUUGCGCAUCACAAAUCCAGCACUUGUUUGGGCACAGUCAAUUCCUGCCUGAUCCUCUCAGUGUAUUUGAUGUCCAGAUGCUGAUGAAUUGUCAUCAGCAAUGUGGAGCAAAAGAGGAUUUGUGCUCUAGGCAUUAACUAAGUUUCUCACUUUUCCUGGUACUAGGAUCACUUUCACUACAAUUAAAAACCAACACUGAUGAAGAGAAAACAGUGCAGAUCUUGCAUCUGUCACUAAAUAUGUGUGUGAAAAUAGUUGCUAUUGAUUGGAAUGUGUAAGCAAAGUCUAACUGUGAAUCUUUCCUACCUGUUGAAUUUGAAGAAAACUGGAUUGCUGUAGCCAGACUUUAAAAGCCUAGUCCAUCUCCUGGUUUCUCAGCCAUGCUGUUGAUGUCUAAGACAGUUCCUUUGCCUUUCUAAAUACCGAUGUCACUAUAUUGUGUGUGAGCCAUAGCCUUUACAUGCCAGAAACAUGCCUCACAAAAUAAAGUACAUAUCUGUUGUUGUUUAUUUUUUUCAAGGGACAAAAUUGUUACAGCUGUUGAAGAGCGAACCAAGCCAUAAAUUGGCUAAUGACUUCUAUAAUUUCUAAUGUCCUUUAUAGAAGGUGUUUUUUCAGAUUAUUGGAAAUAACUUUCUAAAUGGCGUUGCUUAACGAUACAGUUUUCCUCCCAGCAUUCUAAUAAUUUGGUAAAUAAUUUUAAAGUCACUUCCUGUAAUAUGCUCUGCAAUAAUCUAAGUGCUCUCAGAGAAAAAUUACAAGAGGAUAUUUAAACAUCUCUGGAGAGAAAGAGACUCCAACCCCUUUUCAUGAAUAUAGUGCUCAUCUUAUAGGAUAGAAUCUGGCUCUUUAAAAAAAUGCUACGACACUCCUUCACUAAUUAUUCUUUUAUAAAUAUGUACAAAUCAGGAUGUGUGAAGGGAUAAAAAUGUUUUGGAUGUCAGUUUUGAAUGUGAUAUGUAAGUGGCCAGACACUCCUGUUCGGGGGGGGGGGGGGGAAUGCCUCGUUCCCAUCCUUUCAGUUAGAAUGAAAUACUUUUGGAAGGAACCAUUGACUGUUCCUCUAGUGAAAAUGACAACAAAGACUCUGGCAGUCAUGAAGAACCAGUUUCAAGCUUAUGCAUAAAUAUAUAUGAGUGGUAAGCUGAUAUAUACCUCCCUUUUGCACUCAAGGACUGUUGUCCUUCACUUUUGAAGCUUACUCUCUGAACAGAAACAAUCCCUCAGGAAACAUGAAUCAUUUUUUGAGCUAAGUGAAAACUGGAUGUGUCUCAGAACAAAGUAGGAGCCAUUGCUAGAGUUUCUUAACCCCUGCUCCAGAAAGAGCUAGUUUUGAUGGAUAAUUUUAUUGGCAAUAGUGAAUAACCAUUGCCCAAUGAUGUGGCAAGCAUUCCCUUCACCACUUUGAACUGGCAUUUAGAAUGAGGAAGUAAACUGGGGGUUAAACCCCAACAAUUUCAUUAUUUUAAGGAAAGAGCAAUUCAAACAAGCUCUGAAGUACAUCUACACAUAGACUGGAUCUGGUAUGACUACCAGAGCACCCUAUUUGAAACUAGAGACAGACCCUCUGAGUCUAGAACCUGUGAUCCCAGACUGAGUUAAUUUAAGAAGAUAAUGUACUAUGAAGGCAGAACACUUUGAGCUAUAAGCUAUAAAGUGCAAGUAGUAACUGAAUACCACAAAUUUGUGAACCACUCUUAGUCAACAGUUAGCCCCAUAGUAGUGAAUUAUUUCUAGAAGCUUAUGGUGGUGGCAGGAUCUGUUAACGAAGAGAUUUGAUUUUUAUGCCCGUGACUGCAGAGGCGUCACUAGCACAUGACUCAGAAGUAAUAGACUAUAAUCUGCUUAUCUUGGAAUAUCAAAGCACUGGUUUAUGUUACAUUGUUUAAAAAAAAGAAUGUUUACUUGCCUCCAUCCUUUUCUUGAAAAAGGAAUUCAACAGAUUUGGGUCCAUCUCAUAAUUGUAACAUGAGACUCACAUACAAUCUACCCUGCUACUAGUUGCUUUAGAAUGAAUAGUGAGUUGAAGGAAAUUUCUGUGCUUAGAUUAGCCAUUAUAUUUUCCCCAGUUUCUGGAAUGCCAGUUGAAAAAUGAUGAGAUGGGAAAUCCCAGUGUGAUAAACGGGGCUUUAAUAGUAUUGCUGGGCAAACAUAAUAUUCCCUGUUUUUUUUUCUUUCAAAUAUUUUAGUUCCAUGGUUCACUUAGCAAAAAAAAAGACCACAAAGAUGCAUAUUAGUGUGACAUAGCAAUGAAUUCAGUUGCGUCACAAUGUUUUAGGUAACAAAAAAUAAAUACCACUGGCAAGGUGAGGAUAAUGGCCGUGCAUAUUAAGUGCAUUGCUCCUUAGGGGAAACAAUGAAAAAAAAACAUACUAGAUUAGUACAGUUUUGUGCUGAUCUAAGAAACUGUUUUAGCAUUGCAAUUAUUGAUAUGUUAAUCUUUUUAUUGGCCUUUAUCCUGUUUCUUAGCUGUUAUACAUAUACCUCUGGAAUUGGUUAGUGGAGACCAGGUCUUUGAUUUUUUUUACAGAAUUAUGUCUGCCUAGGAUCUUUUAGCUUAACUAUUGGAUCUUUGUAUAGGUAGUUGCUAAAGAAGUUUCUUUUGGUAAUUGACAAUAAUAUUCCAUCUUGGGGUCUAUCUCGCUUGCAGUCCUCUUUUCCCAUGUGCAAAAAUGGGGGGGGGGGGGGGGGAGAACCUAAUAAUGUGAAUGGUGUAAAAUACUAUCUCUGGGAGCAUCUGAACUGAAUUUAGGCAGAAGUUAUCUAUUUUUUCAAUUGUCAACAACUUCACUGGUUCUUUUGGUUUAAUAGACAGUCAUUUUAAUAAGUAUUGUUGUUCUGUGUCCAGUAAGUAUUCUUAAUUUAAUUCAGCAGUUACUUUGCUAUCUCUGUCUCUUCACUUUACCUGCAAUUUAAACUUUGGUUCCAUUUAUCCGGGGCCCAGGAUAACUCCAGAAACUUAAUUCUCCUUUCCAGGGAGAUGUGUAUUGCAGUGCUUAAAAGUAAAGCUUAUAAGCAUACAUAGCAUGAAGGUAAUCAACGGCUAAAUUGGCUUAUUCCAGUAGGUGAUAUGGACCCUGCUGGUCUGUUCCUAUAGGGCAGUCCAUGAAGAAAUAUGUUCAGUUCCUUGGACUAUGGCCAGGUGUUUGGAUAUUUCUUGAUACUGUGCAAAUGAUCUGUGGAACCAAACUAUAUUGUCAAAUAAAAAAUGUAAGCAUGAUUAUUCUCACGGUGAAUAUUAAGAAUGCAUCUGGUUACGUAGCCCCCUUUUCUGGCAAUUGAAUCUAGCCAAAGAUGGGACAAAAAAAUUAAAGGAAUUUUUUUAGAAACAUACAUGUAAUUUGCUGGGGCUUUAACUGAAAUAAUAUGGUCGUGUCAAGGACCUUACUGGUGCCUCUCUUCUCCAUGUACUGGGAAUGUCUAGAAACUGGAGAUAGCCUUUUGAGCAAUGUCUACAAUGUUGUGCACUAGGCAGCUGAAGGUGUGUAAAGACUUCUCUAAUGCGUUAUGAGCAAAGGACUUGGGUUUAAUGUCCUAUUUGCCUCAUGGUAGUGGCUUCCAAAGAUGGCUGGUACCAUCAAUUUGUAUUUCUUGAAUAAAUAUCUUCUCUUUUCUGGUAAAUCUUUUUUGUACAGUGUUUGUUGUGUGCCAUGUAUCAAGCAUUCAUGUAACAUAGAAUGAGAUGGUUGGUAAUCCGGUACCAAUUCAGAAACAGUGUCCGUGGCUAAAAAGGGAAAGUGAGUAAGGGGAAUCACAGUGGCAUGGCAUUUACCUCCACUCACCCCACCCACCCCCCACCCCCCGGUAACUUUUAUAAAAUUGAAGCAUCUUUUAGCUGGGCACACAGGUUGUAUUAACCUUUUUUACAGGCUCCUUCAGCCCAAGAUGAAUUCUUAUCCUAUCUGGAAAUGCAGUGAGCAUUUGGGUUAAUUAUCUCCAAGGUGCACUGUGUAUUUAUACUGUACCUUUGUUAUGCUGACAUUGCAGUAGUAUGUGCAUACAUUUUAAAAAUCGAUAGUGAAGCACAAGUAAGUUCUUUUUAAAUAGUUAAACAAGGUAAGGGUUUUAUAAGUGAUGCAUCAUGAUUUCUAAGAGCCAGAAAUGUGCUGUAUAGAACUCCGUGUAUUAAACAAAAAAGGGGCAAAGGGAUGGGCCACAAACUUCUGACUAUUUUUCUGCGUUUAAAAAUAAAAUUGGUACUGGAAAUGCCUUGCCUUAAAAUAUAAA